AUGCGCAAACCCGGAAUCGAACCGGGGGCCCAACGAUGGCAACGUUGGAUUUUACCACUAAACCAUUUGCGCGUUUUCUUGUAA